AUGACUUUUUCAAUUUUUCUAAUUGAAACACCAGAGUAUUUUCAAAUUUUUGCAGUUUUGGAUGAAGCAGCUUAUUUUAUUUUACCAGCAUUAAAAGAUAAAGCAGCAUAUCCUCCUCGAGUUAGGCAUUAUCUUCAUAAAUUACCUCAACCAGCAUUCAACGUUGUUUUAUCACCUAAAGGAUAUAAUAAUCAAUUUGUUGCAGCAAUUUCACCUCUAGAAAGUAAACCAUCUUAUUUUGUUCCAGUAAAAUUGAAUAGAAUAUGGGAGUUCAGAUAUCAUGGUUCCCACCAUUGUAACUAA